CUUUUCAUUAUCAUCAGCAGCAAUCGAAAAAGUUGCAGAGCCGUCUCCCUCCUCAUCACAACCACACAAAUCAAAAACAAAGCCAUGGUGAAUGAUAUUAUGCAUUAUCUGUCUCCUCUCCUACAAUCCAUGACUCCUCUACAAACUGCCCUCCUCUUCAUUGUCCCUUCAUUGUUCCUAUUCGUCGUCGUUUCACGACUUCGCCGGAAGCUUCCCUAUCCACCUGGUCCCAAAGGGUUGCCGAUCAUAGGCAACAUGAUGAUGAUGGACCAGCUCACACAUCGCGGUUUGGCUAACUUGGCUAGGAAAUACGGCGGCUUGUUUCACAUGAAGAUGGGAUUCUUGCACAUGGUCACCGUCUCGUCCGCCGAGGUAGCCAAACAGGUACUGCAGGUGCAAGACAACAUUUUCUCUAACCGUCCAGCCACAAUCGCCAUCAGCUACCUCACUUACGAUCGAGCCGACAUGGCUUUCGCCCACUACGGCCCUUUCUGGCGCCAGAUGCGUAAGCUCUGCGUCAUGAGGUUGUUUAGCCGCAAGCGAGCCGAGUCCUGGGAGUCUGUGCGUGAUGAGGUGGACUGCAUGGUUAAAACCGUGGCUUCCAACACCGGCAAGGCUGUGAACGUUGGAGAGUUGAUUUUUACUCUCACUAUGAACAUUACUUACCGGGCCGCUUUCGGGUCGAAAAAUGAAGGCCAGAAUGAGUUCAUUGGGAUCUUGCAGGAGUUUUCGAAACUUUUUGGGGCAUUCAAUCUCGCCGACUUUAUACCCGGACUUAGCUGGAUCGACCCGCAAGGAAUUACUAAGAGACUCGUUAAGGCUCGCCAGUCACUUGACAAGUUUAUUGACAUAAUCAUCGACGAACACAUGCACAAGAACAAAGAAAUCAACGGUUCUGAUGAAGGUAUCACAGACAUGGUUGACGAUUUACUUGCUUUCCACAGUGACGUGGCAAAAGUAAACGAAUCAGACGAUCUACAAAACUCCAUCAAGCUCACUAGAGACAACAUUAAGGCCAUAAUCAUGGAUGUGAUGUUUGGCGGGACAGAGACAGUGGCGUCGGCGAUCGAGUGGGCCCUGACGGAGCUGAUGAGGAGUCCAGAGGACAUGAAGAGGGUCCAGCAAGAACUUGCCGACGUGGUUGGUCUUGACCGACGGGUGGAGGAGAGUGACUUCGAGAAGCUGACGUUUUUCAAGUGCACGCUGAAAGAGGUACUCAGAAUGCACCCGCCGAUCCCGCUCCUCCUCCACGAGACGGCGGAGGAUGCUGAGGUGGCCGGGUACUUUAUUCCCAAGAAGACACGUGUCAUGAUCAACGCAUUUGCUAUCGGGCGAGACCCGAACUCUUGGGAGGACCCGGACACGUUUAGGCCCUCCAGGUUCUUGAAAGAAGGGGUGCCGGAUUUCAAGGGGAGCAAUUUCGAAUUCAUCCCGUUCGGGUCGGGUCGGAGGUCAUGCCCGGGCAUGCAACUCGGACUCUACGGACUUGAAUUGGCCGUGGCUCAUUUACUUCACUGUUUCAAGUGGGAGUUGCCCGAUGGGAUGAAGCCUAAUGAACUCGACAUGAGCGAUAUAUUUGGACUCACCGCACCAAGGGCGACCCGACUCAUCGCCGUUCCGAGCCCGAGAUUGUUGUGUCCACUCGAUUGAUUUGAAAAUCAAAGUGGUGGUGGUGAUCCAGAUGUACACGUGGCAUACAGGAAGUCAGACGGUGAAAGGCGACUCUGUUCAUAAUAAUUUUAUUUGUUUUUCUUUAUAUAAUUGUUAAUUUGUAUUUGGAAGAGAACUGAAAAAUUCGGAAAAAGAAUCAUGGACGAGAAAAAUGGGAUUCUCU